AUGCGCUUCGCAGCCCUGGUUAUCGGCCUCUUGGCCACCUUUGUUUCGUCUGUGGCUGCUACGGCCCUGACCUACCGCCUCGAGGCCAACGAAAAAGCGUGUUUCUACAACUAUGUUGACCAGAGGAACGUGAAGCUUGCGUUUUACUUUGCUGUCCAAUCCGGCGGUUCCUUCGAUAUCGAUUACUCCGUUGUCGGACCCGGCGAGAAGGUGGUCCUGGAUGGUACCAAAGAAAGACAGGGUGAUUUUGUGUUCACGGCCCAGAGCAUUGGCGAGUACCGGUUCUGCUUCAACAAUGACAUGUCGACCUUUGCGGAGAAGAUUGUCGAUUUCGAGAUCGCGGUCGAGAACGAGGAACGCGCACAACUGCCCUCCCGCCAGGGUGCUAGCCCCGAGCAGGCCUCCGCUCUCGAGGAGUCGAUCUUCAAGCUGUCCGCUCAGCUCUCCACCAUCACCCGCAACCAGAAGUACUUCCGCACGAGAGAGAACCGCAACUUCAGCACCGUUCGUAGUACUGAGCGUCGGAUUUUCAACUUUAGCGUGAUUGAGGGCUUGAUGAUGGUUUCGAUGGCCGCACUGCAGGUGUUCGUUGUGAGGUUCUUCUUCCAGGGUGCUAGGAAAGGUAAGUACAACAAGAUGGCCACUGCUAUGCAUGACGACGAAUACCACUCGAUGCCCCCUACCAGUGGUGAGGGCUGCCGCCCUCCCGGCGACCAUCUUGAGACAGGUCGAGCUGCCGACCCCAACUCGUCCGUAGAGGACUACAGCCGAGUCAUGCUCGAAUACACCCAACGCCGCAUGGCGGAUUUUGCCGACCUCGAUGACGGAAAGGGGUCCAGCCGAAGCAGCCGCAGCAGCCAAACCAGCGGCAACAGCGGCACCUCGACCAGCGGUAUGCUUGCCCGUCAAGCUGCCGGCACGACUGGAGCGGCUCACGAUAGCUCCGAAUCUGCCAAACGCGAGUCCGGCGUGAACUCGGCCGACCUGUCCUUCUGA